AGUUUUGUGCCUUCAGUAGUAAAAUUAGACUUUAUUUCCCUAGCAAACACAACUGGACCUGGCAGAGAGAGGACGCAGAUGCUCUACAUGUUGAAGAAAGCCUGCCGGGGCUGGACACUGCUAUAGCUCAGCCCCUCUGGGGAGCAGCCACCAUGAUCUCUGCAAGCUGAUGAUGGAAGAAAGGGGAUCCGGGAGAUACUGUGCUCUGGAUGCCCUGAACGAUGGAUGGAGGACAGCCCAUCCCUUCACCCCUGGUACCCUUUGGGAACUUAUCAGAUUCUACCAUGUCUCUGGAACAGAAAACAGCAUUCGUUUUUGUGAUUUUGUUGUUUAUUUUUUUGGGCAUCCUUAUCGUCAGGUGCUUCCGGAUUCUUCUAGACCCAUAUCGGAGCAUGCCAACCUCGACCUGGGCUGAUGGGCUUGAAGGUCUAGAGAAAGGGCAGUUUGAUCAUGCCCUUGCUUAGCAGGGACACAGUACGCUGCCCUCCAAAGGAGGCAAAGUGCUUUAUGUCUGAGCAAAGCUUCCCUCUUGUUAACGUUCUUAACAAAGCAAACUUUACCCAUAUUCAGCCUUAGGGUAAUGAUCCAUUAUUUCAUAACUAUACCAGCGUGUUAAAAGCGUCUUAUUUGAGGAUCGUGGAAAGUUUAUGUUACCAACCCCCAGGUAGGAGGGUGCACACAUGAAUAUUGUUGAAGAUCUGAUUGUAAAAUCAAGAGCGCUAACACUCAUGUAGACCUCACUAUCAAAUGAAGCACUCCGUGAUCAGAGCAGAGAAAAAACAACUAAAGAAAAUCCAGUCUGAGAUGAGGACCAAGGCAAGAAGACACUACUCUCGUCAUGCCUCUCACUUCACUUUGUGUACACUUAGGUCCUGGGCAGAGGAAGGAAGCCAGUGCAGGGACAACCACAAGCAGGUGCUUAUAUUCUCCCAAAGCGAGGAGCACUUGGAAGCAAUGGUCGGCUUAGGAAAUAUAGUUAUUUACUUGGCAACUCUGGGUGAGAAUUCUACCAUUUUCAUUAUUAAAUAACAUCAAACUCAAGUUUUACAGAGUUUUGAAACUACUAGGCCUAAUCUCUGUAUUUCCAUGGCUAACACACUUAGAUGCACUGAUGUAUAAUUUGAAUUUAUUGUCUUUACAUUUCAGAUGGAACUAAUGGAUUACAAGCACAACUUCAGGGGUUUUGUUUUUUAAAGAAAUAUGAUUGCUUAGAGAGAAGACUAUGUAAGAGGAGUAUGGAUUUAUGCCUGCAGAUAGUUACUAAAUAAAACUUUUCAAGAUGUAGUAAUAUAUCCUCUCAUUUUACUGAUAUAAAGUGGUGCUGAUGGUGUGUGGUA